ACUGACGGAGGAGGGUGGACAGUGUUCCAGAGAAGAAAAGAUGGAUCUGUUGACUUUUAUCUUGGCUGGCAGCAUUACAAAACAGGUUUUGGAAACCCGAUUGGCGAGUUCUGGUUGGGUAAUGACUACAUCCAUCGACUGACAGCAAGAACACCAUCGACUCUACGUGUGGACCUGGAGGACUGGAGUGCAGUAAAGUAUUUUGCCAAAUAUGGUAGUUUUAGUGUUGGUUCUGCAUCAGACAAGUACAGACUCAAGGUUGGCUCGUAUUCGGGUGACGCUGGGGACUCACUGACAUACCAUAAUAACAUGUUCUUUACUACCAAAGAUCAACAUAAUGACGAGUAUUAUGAAAACUGUGCGUCAUUAUAUACUGGUGCUUGGUGGUAUAAUUCUUGUUUUUAUUCCAAUCUCAAUGGGAAGUAUUUGGGAAACACCAUUGAUGGGAAAGGAACUGUCUGGAGUCAUGCAAAAGAUAACUAUUAUUCAUUCAAGCGUUCAGAAAUGAAAGUACGACCCAAAACAUUUUAAUGUUAUUGCUUGUUUCGCUUCUACUAAGACUACUCUCUUGUUCCGUCAAUCCUCGCGUGCUUUAUAACGACUGCAUGCAGCAAGCACGCACUGGUGCCAUUACUUCAGUACAGCACAGUCCUCGACCAAUCAUAGUGCUUGUAGCGAGGUGACUAAAUAAUAACCCCUAAAAGCUUAGUUUAGAAUGAAACAGAUCUAAAUGGUGUACCGACAGCGCUUGAAUAUGGAUUACUGUCAUAUUGUGUAUCUUCCUUUCGAUAGAUGAGUACUGGAACAAAUCUACUUCAUGAUAUCGAUUGACAUGACAAUCUUAGAUACAUAAUUAAAUUCAUGAAAUCAUGAUCAUCUGAAAAUA